GAGGAGGGGGAGUUCUGAGGAAGAACUGCAGAGGCCAGGUCUGCUGGGUUUAUGGCAGACAGGAAGGGAGUGGUGUGAAGGGGAGGGGUCAGCCUGCUUCCUGCGAGUGGGUGUGCCUCAGAUCCCGUUGCAGGUGCUUGGUGGCUGAAAGGGGAGCCCACUGCUGCUGCAGCCGCCAGCUGCCUCCUGCCGCCUGGCCCAUGCUAGGGCCAGUAACGCGAGCCCAGGGAGGGAGUCCCAGGGUGCCCUGGGUCCUCACACUGUUUCUCUGGCCACCCACUGGCUGGGCAUAGCUGCCCAGUGGAGCUGAAACAGGAUGCUGCAGCCUGAGACCCCCCAAGCCCUUGAGGAGGGGACAGGCCCUGGGACCCUGCGGGACGACUGUGUCAUCUGCUACUCAGCCUAUGACCUCUCUGGGCACCUGCCCCGCCGCCUCUACUGUGGCCACACCUUCUGCCAGGCAUGUGUUCGGCAGCUGGACACCCUGGCCCACGAGCAGCACUGGAUCCCCUGUCCACAGUGCCGCCAGAGCACACCCACACCCCGUGGAGGGGUGGCCAUGCUGGACCUCGACCUGGCCGCCUUCCUGGCAGUCAAGGCUGAGCAGGAGCCACCGAGAAUGGAGCGCCGCCCCCCUGCGCCCCUCAAAGGCAGCGCCCCCGUCACUCAGCAGCCAGCUGGGCUUUGCCCCGCCACGGGCCCCCAGCCUCGCUUUCCCCAGCCCAGAGGCGGCUGCUGGGGCUGCGGCAGCCUGUGCUGGAGCCCCCAGGGCAGCCCUGAGGUCUGGGCUCCUUCCCACUGCUGUGGGGGGCACUGCUGCCCAAGCCUGCACUGGAACCGCUGAAUACAUG